UCAGUGGUAAUCAUUGAUAGGUGAGAAUCCACGUUUUCAACAUGUUUAAGUUUUAUACAUGGAUAUCGACUGCGCAGUACAACGGUGCGCGAGAGUUGUCCGAUUGGCGCUAUAGUGAAUAGACGUACACAUGUUGAAAACUUUGUGAACACGGCUGUACGAAAACGACGUCACUGUUGCUGCUCUAGUUUAUAUAUUUAUAGUUGCGAUGAUACCGAAAUGGAGACGGCAAAUAACAAAGUUAUUUUUAAUACCCCAGCGGUAUGUUCUCGGAAUCAUGGGUCUCUUGGCGGUGUGCAACGCAUACACCAUGCGAGUUUGUUUAAAUUUGGCUGUUACACAGAUGGUCAAUAAUACUAAGAAUGAGGAAUCGCACUUCGAUCCUGAUGCCUGUCCUGACGAGAGCGAGAUCUUCGUCAAUGGAACUGUUACGUCGAAACCACAUGCAAUAUUUGAAUGGUCCGAAUCGACGCAGGGGUUAAUUCUAAGUGGUUUCUAUUAUGGAUAUGCUAUUACACAUGUUCCGGGGGGUUAUUUAGCAGAAAGGUACGGUGGAAAAUGGACAUUAGGAAUUGGACUCCUGAGUACAGCUAUUUUUACCCUCCUAACACCAAUUGUUGUGAAGGCUGGCGGAGCGACAUGGUUAUUUAUACUUCGUGUUCUACAAGGGAUGGGAGAGGGUCCCACAAUGCCCGCUCUGAUGAUAGUUCUAGCUAGAUGGGUUCCUCCACACGAGCGCUCACGUCAGGGUGCUGUCGUGUUUGGUGGUGCUCAGAUCGGUAACAUCUUCGGUUCUUUCAUGUCUGGUUUCCUAAUGGCGGGUGGAGGCGACUGGGCCAAUGUAUUUUACUUCUUUGGCUGUUUCGGGAUUCUGUGGUUUGUUGCUUGGAGCAUAUUCUGCUACAGUACUCCAAACACGCAUCCGUUUAUAUCUGAAGAAGAAUUGAAAUACCUCAACGAGACCGUUACAAGCGCUGAGACAUCUAGUGUAAGAGAUCCCGUACCUUGGAAAGCUAUUGUACGUUCCGUUCCAGUGUGGGCCCUUUUGUUUGCUGCGGUGGGACAUGAUUGGGGAUAUUACACUAUGGUGACAGAUUUACCGAAGUACAUGACUGAUGUCUUAAAGUUCAAUAUUGCUACAACGGGUACCCUCACAGCGAUCCCAUAUUUGGCUAUGUGGAUAAGUGCCUUCAUAUUUGGAUGGGUUUGCGACGUAUGUGUUCAGAGGAACUGGCAUUCCAUUAAAACUGGAAGGAUAAUUCAUACAACAAUAGCGGCCACUGGACCAGCAAUUUGUAUAAUACUAGCGUCAUACGCCGGGUGCGAUCGUUUUGCUGCCGUUGCAUAUUUUAUAGCGUCCAUGGCUCUUAUGGGAGGUUUCUAUAGUGGGAUGAAGGUGAAUGCUCUUGACCUGGCGCCCAAUUAUGCAGGUUCCUUGACUGCAAUGAUUAAUGGCACUUCAACAAUAUCUGGCAUCAUAACACCGUAUCUGAUAGGCCUUUUAACUCCUGAUUCGACAUUAAAACAAUGGCGAGUGGCUUUCUGGGUAUGUUUUGCUGUUCUCGUCGGAACGAAUGUUAUUUACAAUAUCUGGGCUGAUGGCAAACAGCAGUGGUGGGACGAUGUUAGACAAUAUGGUUACCCCGAAAAUUGGAAGCAUGGUCCACUCAAGAUGGCUACUAAGGAUAGCGAAAAAAAUAAGAAGAAAGAAGCUCAAGGAACUGCACUUUAGAGAAUUAUUUAUAAUGUGAAAUUAUUUAUGCCUGGUUGUAUUUGGUGUAACCACAAUAUGGAAGUCAGUCGUUGAUAGUUAGACAUAAAGCUUUUAAAACACCUUCUAUUGUGAUGGUAAAGAAAUAAUUAGUAGCUAAUCGUUUACAAAAAAAAAAAAAACGAUAAGAAUAACACUAUCAUCCUGUAAGUUUUAGAGAUUAUGCCUUAAUAGUGCCAUGUCAGUCGAUUUUAAAAACUUGGUUUUGAAGAUUUUUUAAUGAGAAUUAAGUGAAUGCAUGAAUAAGAAACUCUGCGAUUGAAACAUUGUUGAAAUAUAAAAAUUUAAUGUUGUAUUAGUAGAGGUCGGAUAAGUUCUUCUAAGUAGCACAUGAUAGUAUAUCAAGAUUACUUAACAUACAUAUGUAAUUAAAAUUAUUAUGAUUCGAGACAAAAACAAUGUAAUUAAUUUAAUGUCGAGUCGAAAAUUAUUGUUAAAAGCAAUGUAACUUUGCUUUAUUUUUUUAAUAAUAACAUUUGUAAAUGCCUUUCUGUAAACACUGAAUACGAUACGCUUGAUAAAGCAUUUACGAAGCAAUUAUUGACUUUGGCCUGUUUUGUUUAUAUCAUGGAAACGGUGCGGAAAUAACCGGGGAGUGUAAAUAUAAUUGUAUUUAUUGCAAAUAUUCAAUUUCGAAUAUAUUGAACGAAUAUUUAAAUCGUACAUGAAUGUAACGGAAUUAUAAUUUGAAUGUAAAAAUAUGUAUAAAUGUUUUUUAUUACGCAUUUUAAGUUCAAUUUACUUCUUAUAAGUCGUUGUUCCUUAAAAGUUAACGUUUCUAUGAAAUGUGCUAAUCAAGUGAUCCCAGAGAGUGAAUUAUAUUAAGUAUAAAUAAUAAAUAGUAAGUUGAACUUUUUGUAAAUAUUAUUAUAAAGACGUAAGUAGGAAGUUACCACAUAUAAUUUAUGUAGUUACCAUAUUUGAUAAAAUAUUAAACGUGUUAGUAACAAUUCAUUAAACUGAAUAUACGAUAUUUUUGUGUUGUUUUUGCUCACGAUUCUUGUAUUCAUUUUUCUCUGAUGAUUAAUCAUUUAUUUAUUUAGAUUACAUAUAUAUUUGUGAUUUUCAUAUAAGAUUUAUUUAUAUAAUCACAUAUUUAUGAAAAUUAUUAUACCAGAAGAUCUUCGACAAAAGUUAAAAAAUUUGCAUCCCCAUAGAUGAAACAAUAAUGCUAGCAUAUUAAAAUCUCGGAUUUAAAAAAUUAAAAAGAAACACAGAAAAUAACAAUACAAAAUAGAACCUGUUAUUUAAAAAGUUAAAUAUAAAAUAAUAUAAGAAAAUUGGGUAGUAAACCUGAAGCUCACAGUAUGAGCUUGGAUAAAAAAAAUUGUAAUGUUUUUCAUAUCAUGAUGAACUCAACAUUACAAUAUACUUAAAUGUUUUUAAAGUGUUAGGAUGCAAAAUUGAUAAGGAUGAAAUAACAAACGAAAUACACUGAUAAAAAGUACCUUAUAAUUAUUAUAUAAUAAUUGUAUGGAAAUAAAAUGAUCGAAAAUAUGUUAAAUAAAAUUACGAUACUCUUA